GCGAAGUGCAUACCCCGCAUUCUUGACCCAUGCAUACUCUAUAGGUAAUCUACAGAGCCUACACACAUUUGCACAAACAGACUACCAUAUCAACGACUCCCCCAAGCCAUGCCACACCCUGCAUCUCUCCCACCCGUCUCAGUGUGUGUAUAGCAUCGGCCACCAUGGAUAAACCUCCCCCCUCCAAGAGGCCUCGACUGUCCAUGGCCUGCAACAUCUGUCGACAACGCAAGGUCAAGUGUGAUGCCGAAUACCCCAAAUGUCGCAACUGUCGCGUCCGGAAUCAGGUCUGCGUGACGACCGAUCCGCAGCGUCCGGGGGUGACGGGGUUCAGAGAGUGGCUGGACUUACCCCUGAUGAGCAAUGGGGGGAAUAUGAACGAGAAGGGAGACCAUCUGCAACAGCAGGACCAGGAAGAUCCGAUCAGUCGAAGUCAUGCUGCGCACUCACAUGAAGCCACCCCCUCAUCGCACAAAGAAGACAGUUUCUUAGCCACGGGGCAGCAACCAGCUGCAGCCGUGAAUGAGGUCUCCCCCGUUCACCACCCGUUCGACACUGUCAGCGUUGAGGAUGGAUGUGACCGCACAAAAGUGCUCGGAGCAAGUAGCUCGCAAUGUCUCGCCAAGUCUCUGGAUGUAUACUUCACAGCGGCGCGGCUGAAGCCGGUCACCGGGUUCUUUCGCCACGGAAUGCGGUUCGCCGAGGAACUGGAGCUGCCGCUGUGUGUAUCGCUGCCGGAACUGCCAAGUCCAGAGAAUCGACAACGGUACUUGACGGCCUUCCUCUCGCGCAUCCACCCGUUGUAUCCGAUCUUCCACGUGGAGCGGCUGGAAGCGGGCGUCGAGCAGCUGGCCACGUUAGCGGACUUUCGACAUCUGCCGCAUGAACGCAUCCCCCGACUCGUGACGGCGUAUCUGAUCAUGAGCCUGGGGGCGGAUGAGCUCGCGCAGGGACAGACGGAGGAUGGGGAUCGGUACCUGCUCGCGGCGGCGGGGCUUCUCGCGCACGUCAUCACGAUCCCCUAUCUGCCCGCGGUGCAGACGCUGCUGUUGUUCACGGUCACCUACCGCGGCCGCAAUAAAGAGGGGCUGGCGUGGCAGACGCUGGGCAUGGCGAUCCGCGUGGCGUACACCCUGGGCCUGCACCGGCUCAGCGGGCUGGCGGCGCGACGGCAGUACAUCCACCGGCGCGUGUGGCUGAUCUGCUGGUCGCUCGAGAAGAUGAUGCAUCUGGAGUCUGGGCGGCCGAUGGCCAUCACCGUCGAGCCGUGCCAGCCCGCCGAGGAGGACUUCCGCCCCGAGGACCGGUUCCUGCGGUGGCACGUCCAGCUCGCCGACUCCCAGGGGAACAUCAGCCAUCACAUCUACAACCACCACCCGGGCACGACGCGCACGGCCCGGCAGAUCCUGCUGGACACGGCGCGCCUCGACCAGGAGCUGCUGGCGUGGGCGAACCAGAUCCCGUCCGAUCUGCGGCCGGGCAACGAUAUCUUCUGUCCGCGCGAGGAGUUCCACCACGUCACCUUCUUGGCCAUCCAGUACCACGAGGCGAUGAUCUCGUUGCAUCGCGCCGCGCUGAUCGCCCCGACGACGACGUUCGACGAGGAGGUCACGCGGUACUGCUCCGAUGAGCCGUCGCAGCAUCGUCUGCGCAACGGGGAGUCGAUCUGUGUCAAUAGUGCGCGGGCGAUUGCUAAGUUGAGCAUCGAGCUGUCGGAACGCGAGGCGGACUCGCAGAUCAUCACGGCGGGGCCGUCGAUUCUGGCCUGCAUCGUCCUGGGGAUUUUCCUGAUGAAACAUCCUGGUUCGAAGCUGCGGGCGAUGGACCUUCAGCUGCUGAAAGCGUGUCUCGGAUACACGGGCGUGCAGAUGUCGAAAUACGACGCCGACCCUCGGUUCUCUGAGGGCCUACACAUCAUGUACGAUCAAAUAUCAUCCUAUCUCCACUCAUACACCAGACCCAGUCUACAAACUCCCAUCCAAAAACCCCCGCCCUACUCCGCCUUGACCCCCAACCCGCACCCGCACCCACGCCCCGCAAAGCCCGUCACCUCGCUCCCCACCCCCUCAGCGUUCGAGGAUAUCACCCCGACCACCUGGCAUCAGCUCGAAGACGACCUGCGGCGGUCGGAGACGCUGGCCCCGAGCAGCGGGCUGCGGGGGGUCGAGGAGCGGCCGGAGGUGUCCCUGGGACCCCCGGAGCGACUACCAGGGCAGCAGCUGUCGCCGGGGUUCAUGGGGGGCGCGUCGUUAGUGGACGGGUUCGAGGACCAGUAUUAUCCGUUCGCGGGAUAUAACGUAGAUGAGCUGUGGAAUUGGAUGUUGUAUGGUGGCUCGCCUGACACGGGGGUAUAA